AACACUGAACAGCUGUCAAGGUCGUUAAUAUCGGCUGCUAUAUUUUGCCGAAUGUCAAAAUGUCAAUUGAUAGGGGCUAUUCCACUUUUUUCAGUGUUUUAUCUUAAAAUUAAUGAUUUUGUUUGGUUUUUGGCUACCAAUACUAUUUCUAGGUUUUCCCAAGUUUGUUAUUAAUCCUUUCAUACGUCCAAAACUUACCAAACCAAAGAACCAGACGAUAUCGUACAAUUUGUAACUUGAAAAAGAUCAUACUUUAAUGAAUAAAAUCGCGCUUCAAUCGUUUAGCAGAUAUUUUAGCUCCAUCAAAAGUAAAAUGGGAGAUUUUCAAAAAGUAACGCACUGCAUUUUUGAUAUGGAUGGACUGUUGCUUGAUACCGAAGGUGUCUACAAAGCAAGCUACCAGAAACUGUUGAAGCAAUACGGACAUGAGUACACAGAAGAUAUUAGAGUGAAGGUUUUGGGUACAAAGGAACAGGACACUGCAAAAAUAAUUAUAGAAUCUUACCAACUGCCUCUGACAGUCGAGGAAUUCAGCAAAGAAUCCAAGAAACUACAGGUUGAUGACCUCAGCAAAGCUACACUGUUGCCAGGGGCGGAGCGUCUAGUCAGACAUCUGCACCAAUCACAGGUGCCGAUUGCUGUUGCAACCAGUAGCGGUGCCAGAGCUGUGGAACUCAAAACGACCAACCACAAGCCUCUAUUUGGUCUGUUCCAUCACAUCGUGUCGGCCAGCACCGAUGCUGAGGUCAAAAACGGAAAACCGGCUCCAGAUAUAUUCCUGGUGGCGGCUGAGAGGUUCGGAGAUGGUGUCAAACCCGAAAAGUGUCUAGUGUUCGAAGACGCGCCAAACGGAGUCCAGGCGGGACGCUCGGCCGGUAUGCAGGUUGUAAUGGUGCCCGACCCGGUCAUUCCCGACGAGCGAAGAGCGGCUGCAACCCUUGUGCUCGAAACCCUAGAGGACUUCAAACCUGAACUGUUCGGUCUACCACCGUUUCCCCAGUAGGAAACCACAUUGGUAAACUCCCGACCGGGGAUUGAAACGAGUUUAAACUAUAGUUAAACAUAGAAGGAAUGUGAACUGAGUUUAAACUUGAAGGAAAUUAAACUGGAUUUAAACUCUGAUAAAACCAAGAGAAGGUAUUAAAACGAGUUUGAACUCUAGUAAAACCUAGAAAAUUAGCAACAACUACAUGAAACUAUAGAGAAGAUAGCAUAAGAAGAUAUCUCAUGGUAUAGGGCGAUCCCAUGGUUUAUGUUCAAUAACAAUGUUAACUCAAGCCGAUAGUCCUAGUAGUUAUUUAUCGUGAAGCUGGUAGUCUCUUAUACUGUGCCGUUCUUACACUCUCACCUCAAUUAAACAGUAAUAGUAGACAGUAGUCAACAGUCGGCUGAGUGAACAAAAAAUCGACUUGAAAUAUGUAACAUAAACGACCAAUACCAUGGGAUAUCUUCUUAUGCUAUCUUUUCUCUAAGG